AUGGCGAGCAAAUGCGUUCACAAGGGAUGCGGCAAGACAUUCGAUGAUCCCGAGGAGACGUGUGUCUAUCACCCGGGUCCGCCCGUGUUCCACGAAGGUCAAAAAGGUUGGAAAUGCUGCAAACCCCGCGUCCUGACAUUCGAGGAAUUCCUCGCCAUCCCACCCUGCACGACGGGCAAGCACUCGACUGUCGAUGAUACACCCGCACCAGAGCCCGUCAAGGCCCCCGAAGAGCCUGCGCCGGCGCCGACGCCUGCGGCCGCGCCCGCACCUAUCCCCCUUGUCGUCGAGGAGCCCGAUUCGGACGAUCCCGAUGCUGAGAUCCCUGCGAAUGCCACAUGUCGUCGCAAAGGUUGCGGUGCCACAUAUGACGGGUCACGAGAUCGGGAGGAGAAGUGUGUGCACCAUCCCGGGGCACCUGUCUUCCAUGAGGGCAGUAAAGGGUGGUCCUGCUGCAAGCGGCGGGUGCUUGAAUUCGAUCAGUUCUUGAAGAUCCCGGGCUGCACGGAGAAGGUCCGACACAUGUUCGUGGGCAAGGCGAAGCCGGCUGGCGAGGAGAAGGUUGAAUCUGUCCGAAAUGACUUUUACCAAACGGCCGCCUCUGUCAACGUCUCCCUCUACCUGAAGAAAAUCGACAAGGACCGCGCGCGCGUCGAAAUGGCUGAGAAGUCCAUCACCUUCGAUCUGCCCACCACCGACAACAAGCGCUUCCAAGACACAUACAAUCUGUUUGCGCCCAUUGAUCCUGCGACGUCCUCAUUUCGUGUGCUGGGCACUAAACUUGAGUUGACGCUUACCAAGGCAGAUGGCACCAGUUGGCCAGUCCUGCGCAGCGACGACAAAUGGACUGGGGAGCGAAUCCAGAUCGGCAAUGCAGGACGGGCUUAA